AAAAAAACUUUGGGGAUAUUUGCAUCUAUUUUUGGAUGAAAAAUUAGAAAUAAUUAUGAGUUUUAGUGAAUUUUUCAGUGGUUAGAUGAAUAAAAUUUGAGUCCAAAAAUGGAUUUCUUUUCUGAAAUUAUAGGGGAAACUGUCGUUCUUGGAAUAGAUUCUCUUAUUUUAGGAUUUUGUGUUAAACAGCUGAGUAAAUGUAAACAUAUCUUAAAUGCCUUGCAGACAGCACCAAUACUUGAUAUUGACUCAACAUUAAAUACAGAGAUUAACAAAUACUCUGACCAUGUGAUACCAUAUGUUGUUAUCAGAGGGUUGGUGAAGCCCCUCGGCAAUCCAAUAGUUAGCAAUUACAAUAAUACUGUUACUGGUGUUAUACAGAGGUUAACAAUAAAGGAGCAUGUUAUUGCAAGAACAUCAGCUGGAUUUUGGUCUGACCAGACACGCACCAUACAUGAAGUAUGCAAUGCAACACCAUUUGUGCUCAAUAAUGGAAAGUACAGUAUUGAAGUUGUGGAUGCCCUGGCCGCAGAGUUGUUGGAUCUUGACGUUAUAUCUGACAAGUUCGAACCCAUGUCUCCUGGUGUUAUUGACCACGUAUGGGGUUUCUUCUCUGGUGUCCGGCAACGUGGCCUCCAGACAAUGGAGGAGAUGCUACGCGAUGGCUCCUACAUCACUGCAAUUGGGGAGCUCAGCAGGACAAACACUGGUGCUUUGAAGAUACAACCACCUAGAGACGGAUUACCUCUCUACCUAACUACAGCUACUAAGUCUAGCUUAUUGAAAAGGCUCGCCAGUUCUAGAGAUUUCUUAAGAAUACUGCUGGUAGUAUUUGGGGCGGUGGCCGUGUUGGCGUCGGGGCGUGUGGCGUACAAGUACUUGAAGCGUCGCAAGCGGCGGCAGCUGGAGGAUUCUCUUAAGCGGCAGCUCGCAGCCGGCCGCAAGGAGCGCCGCGCACACGCUCGCGAGAAGAACCUCACAGAUGUGCAACUGUGUGUGGUCUGCUCGGAGAAUCCUAAAGAGAUAAUAUUACUGCCCUGUGGCCAUGUGUGUCUCUGUGAAGAUUGUUCAGAGAACAUUAAAGACAACUGCCCCAUUUGCAGAGAACGGAUAGAGGCCCGUGCACCUGCCUUUAUCACAUAAAUACUGUAUAACAAGAUGUUGUAAUAAAUCUAAUAUUAGCUAAACUAUUGUUAUAGUUAUAUUAAAUGUUGUUAAUGAAAUUAGACAGCUAAAAUAGAUAGAGCAAAAUUUAAGUUUAAAAAAGUACAGUUUUAUCUAUAGGGGUUAAC